ACCGCCUCCACCGCGCCCUCAGAACAAAACCCAAACUGAAACUCAUCGAAGAAGAAAAUAAUGACCAACGCUCACAGGAUGUGCGUAGCAUUCACCGUCGCCACAUUAUCCACCGCUGCCGCCGUCAUCUACGUCCUCUUCGCCGCGCGAAGGCGCAAGCAGCACAAGUCCUCGCCGUGCUAUUUACACUCCGAACAGAAACCACAGUGCGCCGCGUUUAAGCGCGUCGUAGCGGAUAAUUCCUACACUCCGUUCAAGCACCUCAUCAACGACGACGAGAAUGCUUCGAAUUCACAUCCAUAUGAGGCAGAGAUUACGGCAUUGUUAAAAAAUCCUCUGCCUGAAAUUGAGCUUGGAACUGAGAUCGCAGACUUGGAAAUGAAGGAUUCAUAUGUUUGGGUUCAUACUGAAAUGCAGUUAAAGGAGCUGGUUGAUGUGUUGAGUGAAGAGAGGUUCUUUGCUGUGGACACGGAACAACAUAGCUUACGAUCUUUUUUAGGCUUUACAGCAUUGGUUCAGAUUUCUACCCGGGAGAAAGAUUAUUUGGUUGACACAAUUGCCCUGCAUGAUUUUAUGGGCAUUCUUCGCCCCAUUUUUGCCAAUCCUUCAAUUUGUAAAGUGUUCCAUGGGGCUGACAAUGAUAUAGUCUGGCUACAGAGGGACUUCCAUAUAUACGUUGUUAAUCUAUUUGAUACUUCAAAGGCAUGCGAGGUGCUGUCAAAACCACAGAAAUCCCUUGCUUAUUUGCUUGAAACUUACUGCGGUGUGACAACAAAUAAAUUAUUACAGCGUGAAGACUGGAGGCAGCGCCCUCUCUCAGCAGAAAUGGUACAUUAUGCACGAACGGAUGCACACUAUCUGUUGUAUAUUGCAAACUGUCUGAUCAAUGAACUCAAACAACUGGACAAUGAAAACUCUUCUUCCGAUGACAAAUUCCAUUUUGUUCUUGAGGCUAGUCGGCGUUCAAACAUGAUUUGUUUACAACUUUUCAAGAAAGAGAUUGAAGCUUCUCCUGGAGAAUCUUCUGCAUUAUCAUUAUUUUCACGUCGAGUGAGCAGUCAUGGCUUUCCAUCAAUUUCGAAUGAAGCCCAGAUUCAGAAUAUUGUGAGGCAACUGUGCACAUGGAGAGAUCUGAUGGCUCGUAUUCAUGAUGAGAGCUUAAAAUAUGUACUGUCAGACCAGGCAAUUGUUGCUUUGGCAAGUCAGCCUUCAGCGAGUCACUCUGAAAUAUACAACACCAUAGCUCAGGCUGAUAUCAAUAUGGAAAUGGGUGUCAACCCUCUCAUCCCUUCCCCAUCUCCUGUUGUUUGCAGUCACCUGAGUGAUAUCUAUCAUCUGCUUGCAAACAAGUUGGAUAAUGAUAUUUAUUCAGUGAUUCUACAGAAGUGUCUGGGUCAAAAUGGGAGUUGUCCACUUUCUAUAUUUAAUUAUGCUUUGUUGGUAAACAGUAACCUAAGACCUACUUUAGCCUAUAAACAACCGGGCCCAAAAAAUCCUAAACAAUAUUCUCGGAAGGCUUCUCGAGAUUUGUUUGUUCAAAAAUUCUCUUGUAAAUCUGCUGUUUAUCACAAUUGCCGGAUCUAUGCUAAUGAUGGGAGGCUGCUUUGUUAUUGUGAUCGGAGGAAGCUUGAAUGGUACCUUAGUCGGGAUCUUGCAAAACUUAUUGAUGAGGAACCCCCAGCUAUAAUGCUUCUUUUUGAACCCAAAGGUCGCCCAGAGGACGAAGGCAAUGAUUUUUAUAUCCAGAGUAAGAAAAAUAUAUGUGUUGGGUGUGGUGAAGGAAAUCACUACUUACGGUAUCGAAUAAUCCCAUCCUGUUACAGAAUACAUUUCCCUGAGCAUUUGAAAAGCCAUCGUUCGCAUGACAUUGUUCUACUUUGUGUGGAUUGCCAUGAAGUUGCACAUGCUGCUGCAGAAAAGUAUAAGAGAAAAGUAGCUGUUGAAUUUGGGAUUCCUCUCUACCUUCAGAGGGUAGUUCAUCCAGGUCAAAAGACUGAAAAACAGAUUGAAGAGAGAGGUGUAUCUCCUUUACAAUUACGAACAGCUGCUAUGGCUCUUCUACGCCAUGGACCAAGAAUGCCUCUCAAUCGCCAUGAAGAACUGACUGAGAUUAUAAAGAGAUAUUAUGGAGGAAGGGAGAUAUCCAAUGAAGAUCUAGAAAGAGCUUUGCAAGUUGGCAUGACUCCUCAUGAGAGAAGACGAUUCGAGAAGAAGAGAGGGUUCUCUUUUAAACAUUCUAUAGGGAAUACUGCUACAGUGCAAAAACAGGAUAAUCAUUCUAGUUGCACAGCCGGAAUGAGUAAUGUGGAUGUAGACACAUUGAAAGUUGAUGCUCAUGAUGGCUCAUAUGGAAAUGAAGAAACAAGUGAAGUAGAUAGAGAACAUUUGACUAGAGAAGAUGAUUUUGGAAAUUCCACUUUAGCUUCUGAUAUUACAGUUAAUGGAACUGCCUCUGCAACUUUGAACAGAAAUAUGAUCACAGUUGAAACUACAGACUACAAUGAAAGCAGUGACUCUGCCAUAAAUGUUGAUGAUAGCUGUCUGAGCAGUAGGCAAGAAAAUGGACUUAGUGAACAUAAUUCAAAACUAUCACUCUUGGGACAUGGACCACAUGGGAAACGAGUUGUAGAAUAUUUACUGAAGGAGUAUGGUGAAGAUGGCAUCCGGGCGUUUUGUCAAAGAUGGAGACAAGUAUUUGUGGAUGCUGUAAAUCCACGUUUUCUUCCCGGUGGUUGGGAUGUAAAACACAGGCUUUGAUUUUGGACACUAAUUUUGCCAGUGGAAGAAGGGACUUCGGGAAGUUCAGUGUAUACAAUCCUGACAAAAGAGGAGCUGCUGCUAGUACGUAGAGACUAGAGUGACCGUACAGGAAUUACAAGUAACCUGCAUAUUUUGGUACUUCAACGCCAUCAAAAUACUCAACUUCCUCCUCUCACGGCAAAGAAACUACAUAAACGUUAUCUUCAUUUUUUUUGUUAAUUUUUUGUUAAAACUAUUUAGAAUUUUAGUAUUUGUCUUUUUGUAACAAAAGUACAAAUAGCUUUCAAGAACACUUUUGCCCAUGCUAUAAUUAUUCUAAUAUAAAAACACAAGCUUAUGGAUUUACGAAA